AUGGAGGGGCUGCAGCAGUCCUUGAUAGAUAAAGACAAAAUUAUUACGACAAAUCAAAGUCUGAUGUCAGACUUUGAGAUCGACAGGAAAGCUUUGCAGGAUCGUAUCACCUCUCUCACAGCAGAGAUGGUCCUCAAGGAUCAGUCCUCUGUGGGGGAAAUUACCGAAAUAACCAAAGACUACACCUUAAAGGUCAGUUCUCUUCAGGAGCAGAUGGAGGGGCUGCAGCAGUCCUUGAUAGAUAAAGACAAAAUUAUUACGACAAAUCAAAGUCUGAUGUCAGACUUUGAGAUCGACAGGAAAGCUUUGCAGGAUCGUAUCACCUCUCUCACAGAAGAGAUGGUCCUCAAAGAUCAGUCCUCUGUGGGGGAAAUUACCGAAAUAACCAAAGACUAUACCUUAAAGGUCAGUUCUCUUCAGGAGCAGAUGGAGGCGCUGCAGCAGUCCUUGAUAGAUAAAGACAAAAUUAUUACGACAAAUCAAAGUCUGAUGUCAGACUUUGAGAUUGACAGGAAAGCUUUGCAGGAUCGUAUCACCUCUCUCACAGCAGAGAUGGUCCUCAAGGAUCAGUCCUCUGUGGGGGAAAUUACCGAAAUAACCAAAGACCUCACCUUAAAGGUCAGUUCUCUUCAGGAGCAGAUGGAGGAGCUGCAGCAGUCCUUGAUAGAUAAAGACAAAAUUAUUACGACAAAUCAAAGUCUGAUGUCAGACUUUGAGAUCGACAGGAAAGCUUUGCAGGAUCGUAUCACCUCUCUCACAGCAGAGAUGGUCCUCAAGGAUCAGUCCUCUGUGGGGGAAAUUACCGAAAUAACCAAAGACUACACCUUAAAGGUCAGUUCUCUUCAGGAGCAGAUGGAGGGGCUGCAGCAGUCCUUGAUAGAUAAAGACAAAAUUAUUACGACAAAUCAAAGUCUGAUGUCAGACUUUGAGAUCGACAGGAAAGCUUUGCAGGAUCGUAUCACCUCUCUCACAGCAGAGAUGGUCCUCAAGGAUCAGUCCUCUGUGGCAGAAAUUACCGAAAUAACCAAAGACUACACCUUAAAGGUCAGUUCUCUUCAGGAGCAGAUGGAGGGGCUGCAGCAGUCCUUGAUAGAUAAAGACAAAAUUAUUACGACAAAUCAAAGUCUGAUGUCAGACUGUGAGAUUGACAGGAAAGCUUUGCAGGAUCGUAUCACCUCUCUCACAGAAGAGAUGGUCCUCAAGGAUCAGUCCUCUGUGGGGGAAAUUACCGAAAUAACCAAAGACUACACCUUAAAGGUCAGUUCUCUUCAGGAGCAGAUGGAGGGGCUGCAGCAGUCCUUGAUAGAUAAAGACAAAAUUAUUACGACAAAUCAAAGUCUGAUGUCAGACUUUGAGAUCGACAGGAAAGCUUUGCAGGAUCGUAUCACCUCUCUCACAGCAGAGAUGGUCCUCAAGGAUCAGUCCUCUGUGGGGGAAAUUACCGAAAUAACCAAAGACUACACCUUAAAGGUCAGUUCUCUUCAGGAGCAGAUGGAGGGGCUGCAGCAGUCCUUGAUAGAUAAAGACAAAAUUAUUACGACAAAUCAAAGUCUGAUGUCAGACUUUGAGAUUGACAGGAAAGCUUUGCAGGAUCGUAUCACCUCUCUCACAGAAGAGAUGGUCCUCAAGGAUCAGUCCUCUGUGGGGGAAAUUACCGAAAUAACCAAAGACUACACCUUAAAGGUCAGUUCUCUUCAGGAGCAGAUGGAGGGGCUGCAGCAGUCCUUGAUCGAUAAAGACAAAAUUAUUACGACAAAUCAAAGUCUGAUGUCAGACUUUGAGAUCGACAGGAUAACUUUGCAGGAUAGUAUCACCUCUCUCACAGCAGAGAUGGUCCUCAAGGAUCAGUCCUCUAUGGGGGAAAUUACCGAAAUAACCAAAGACUACACCUUAAAGGUCAGUUCUCUUCAGGAGCAGAUGGAGGGGCUGCAGCAGUCCUUGAUAGAUAAAGACAAAAUUAUUAGGACAAAUCAAAGUCUGAUGUCAGACUUUGAGAUUGACAGGAAAGCUUUGCAGGAUCGUAUCACCUCUCUCACAGCAGAGAUGGUCCUCAAGGAUCAGUCCUCUGUGGCAGAAAUUACCGAAAUAACCAAAGACCUACACCUUAAAGGUCAGUUCUCUUCAGGAGCAUAUGGAGGGGCUGCAGCAGUCCUUGAUAGAUAA